AUGGGAAACAAGGAAAGCUUACGUGAGCACUUGGAAGUGUCCCGGAGGACCAUACCUAUUCGGAAGUACGAAAGAACUAAUUGUACUGAUGAAUCUUCUGCUUCUCUAAUAGGAGGUUCUCCACAUGAGCAUGCGGUCGGAACUACGGUAACCUCAACAAAAAUAUACGGAGCAAAGGCUACAAUGAGUGUGUGGGAUCCAACCGUAGAAAGAAGAGAUGAGUUGGGAAGUUACAACAAAAACAAUCUUAAUAGCAUUGAAGUUCGUUGGCAGGUUUUGCCAAAUUUAUAUCAAGACAGUAAACCAAGACUAUUCAUCUUUUGGACUGUAAGUAACUAA